GCCCCGAGCCGGGACGGUGGACGGGAGGAGCCCGGGCUCGCCCCUCCUUUGCCGGGGCCGCCCCUCCCCUCCGCGGGCUGGAAGAGGGCGGGGCGCGGCCCUCGGGUCAGUCUCUGCCUCCGGCACCGGCCGCGCAGCUGUAGGCGGCCGAGCGGAAGCCCCAGCCAUGGCUGCCAUCCGAAAGAAGCUGGUGAUCGUCGGGGAUGGGGCCUGCGGGAAGACCUGCCUCCUCAUCGUCUUCAGCAAGGACCAGUUCCCCGAGGUCUACGUCCCGACUGUCUUUGAGAACUACAUCGCGGACAUAGAGGUGGACGGCAAGCAGGUGGAGCUGGCCCUGUGGGACACAGCGGGGCAGGAAGACUAUGAUCGCCUCCGGCCUCUCUCCUACCCGGACACCGACGUCAUCCUCAUGUGCUUCUCCAUCGACAGCCCGGACAGCCUGGAGAACAUUCCUGAGAAGUGGACUCCGGAGGUGAAGCACUUCUGCCCCAAUGUGCCCAUCAUCCUCGUGGGCAAUAAGAAGGACCUGAGGCAGGACGAGCACACCCGGAGGGAGCUGGCCAAGAUGAAGCAGGAGCCCGUUCGGUCGGAGGAAGGCCGGGACAUGGCCAACAGGAUCAGUGCCUUUGGCUACCUCGAGUGCUCAGCCAAGACCAAGGAGGGGGUGCGGGAGGUCUUCGAGAUGGCCACUCGGGCUGGCCUCCAGGUCCGCAAGAAUAAGCGCCGGAGGGGCUGCCCCAUUCUCUGAAACCUUCCCUCCUCCCACACCUCAAGUCCCUCCACAGGGGUGCACAACCCCUCCCCCCCCAGCUCCCACCCUCUUAGGGCUCCGUGCUGAAGGCCCCCUGUUCCGGUUCCCGCUAGCCCAGGACUGCAUCCGUGUCCCAAGGCCCCAGCCCUGGUGGUGGCAGGCCCUCCCCCCGCCCCUCCCAGCACCCUGGGUGCCUAGGGCCACGUCCGGCCCUACCAGAGCAGAGUUCUGCUGCUGCCUGGGUCCAGGGGUGGGGAUCAGGGUGGGGCUCUUGAUCCCUCUGGCCUUUCCCAGAGGAUCAUAACAACACACCAGCACUUUAUGCACUUCUGGCACACAGAAGCAGAAGCCAGUCUGGGGUAGGGGGCUUGGAGGGUGGGGCCCUGGGCCCCUGCUGUCUCUGCUUUGGGCAGGGGCCUGGUCUCUGGGUGUAUGCGGUGGGAGGCAUGAAUAAAAAGGCCACAGGCUUCAACGAGUA